AUGAAGGGUGUGAUGAGAUUUGGGAAUAAGGGAAAGUUAAGCCCGAGGUUCAUUGGCCAAUUUGAGAUUCUUCGACGUGUUAGUGAGGUGACGUAUGAGUUGGCUUUGCCACCAGGCUUAGCGGGUAUUCACCCGGUGUUCCAUGUUUCUAUGUUGAAGAAGUAUCAUUCAGAUGGGUCCUAUAUCAUCCAGUGGGACUUGGUAUUGUUCUAUCGAAAUCUGUCCUUUGAAGAGGAGCCGGUAGUGAUAUUGGAUAGACAAGUGCGGAAGUUAAGAUCAAAGGAGAUAGCUUCAGUGAAGGUGAAAUGGAGCACUGUCCAGUUGAGGAGGCUACAUGGGAGGAGAGGCCAAUAUACGUAG